AUGACCACUGCUACAGAUACCUGCGUCGAGUUAGCGGAUGCCAUUCAUCGCAGUUCCGUAAAAACGGCCGAGAAAAAGUCGAAAUCUGUAGCUAAGCUCUGGCGCGCAGAAGCUGAUUUCGCAUUUUUCAGUCAAAUGACUGUCUGCGUGCUUCUGUCAGCGAAUGAAAAUAAAGGCAGAAGCGAAGAGGCUGCUUGGGAGCACGCGUUCAAUUUCUAUAAGGAUGCGACAGUGCGGUUCCAAGAUGAAUUGAAAGAGGUGAAAGAGGAACAAAAGAACUAG